AUGGCUCCCGGCAUCCUUGACCAGAACGCAAACACCGCUUAUGGUGAUUGGCGUGACGAAUUCUACAGCAAAGGAUACGUCGUCCUGAAGAAUGUUAUCUCUCGUGAGAAGGCUUUGAAGUACCGCAAGAAGACUCUCGACUGGCUGCAGUCUUUCGACACCGAUUUCGAUAUCAAUGACCGCAGCACCUGGACCGCAAAGAACUUGCCUCAAAGCUUCAAGGCUGGCAUGUACUUGAACUACUGUGCUGCGCAUGAAAAAUAUGUGUGGGAUGCUAGAAUGUACGCACUGAAUCCUAUUAUCAAUACAACUUCACACAAAGCUAACCUUGAUCACAGGGAACCCGAAAUCAUCGACGCCUUCGCCAAGAUCUGGGGAACUGAUGAGUUGCUGGUGUCUUUCGACACUAUCAAUGUCACCCUCCCCGGCCGCACUGACGUUGAGUGGUCCCCCUGGCCUCACGUUGACCAAGCUCCCGAGCGACGGGGUCUUUCUUGUGUGCAAGGCAUCAUCAAUCUCAGCGAGGCUGGACCCAAGGACGGCGGCCUGAUGCUUAUGGAGGGAUCUUCCAAGCUAUUCGACAGAUUUUUCGACCUUAACCCUCCGGAUCGUACUCAGGGCAUCGGAGCUAAGCACUACGACUUCUAUCCCUUCAAGGAGCACCACGUCAAGUGGUACGAAGAGCAAGGUUGCAAGCUCAUCAAAGUCUGCGCUGAGCCGGGAGAUCUGAUUCUUUGGGACUCGCGCUCGAUGCACUAUGCCAAGUUCCCUGAAAGCGACGAGAUUCGGACCAUCAUCUACGCCUGUUAUACUCCUGCCUCUCACGCUACUCCCGAGGAUCUGAAGAAGAAGGCGGAGCUUUUCCAUCGUUGGGAGACUACCACCCAUUGGCCUCACUGCAACAUUCACGGUCAUGGCAAGGCUAUGGUCGAUGGGAAGGUUGAUCCUCUGGAAAGAGAUGAACCUCUUGAGAAGCCUGUGUUGACUGAUCGCCUGCUCCAGCUGGCAGGUGUUAAGCCUUACUAG